AUGUCUUUUCUUUAUAACAAAAAAAGCGAAAAAAAAGCCCCAGCGGACGUUAAACUCUUUGUUCGCCGACAAUUUAUACAGGUUACUGCUCUUGCAGCUAGUAUUAUAUACUUGAAUGCAUCGUGCUCGGAAGUAGUUCUUCUACGACAUGGGGAAUAUGCAGAUUAUAUACACACGCUAGAAAAGCAACCUUCGGCAAUGUUCAACAAUUCAACCUUACCGUUACCCAACACGAGUCGCCAGAAUGAAAUUCAACAGUAUAUCGACGAUGUUAAUCGUGUCAUGACGUUCAUUCAAGGUUUCAUAUGCAUCUUCGGUGUGCUCGGAAACCUUUUAGCUUUAAUCGUCAUCAAUCGAAAAUCGUUGAAAAACACAUCAUCAUCGGUCUUCAUCACUUAUAUGGGCAUCUUUGAUACAGCGGUUUUGUUGUUACACGCUGCUAAUUUACCACGACUUCGUGGUUAUCCACUUCUACAUUGUUCGCUAGCGUAUUUAACAGAUAUGUCGACAUUCUGCGCUAAUUGGAUUCUUGUUAUUAUCACAUUAGAACGUUGUGUGGCGGUCUAUUCUCCGUUUCUUGCCAAACGCUUUUGUACAAUCGAUUCAGCGCGAUAUUCGAUCUAUAUUCUUCUCGCAUCUGCCAUUAUUCUCUUUACGGCCAUAUUUCCGGUUACUCAUCAUAUAGUUACUACACCAACAAAUGUUAAAUGUUCUCUACGUUCAAGCGGUGGCCUUAUUAUUCGUAUAUAUCAACCGAUUUUAUUUUAUGCCAUACCAGAUCUCUUACUUCUGUCAAAUCUAUUCACCGUUGCAGCUCUAUGCCAGCGGACACAUCGACUUACAUCAACGUAUGUGCAUGAGACUGGAAAUUCUGAAAUACGUGUUAGUGAUGUAAAUUCAAAUCGAAAACAACGACAAUUAACAAUCAUGCUUGUUACUAUUAGUUUAUCAUUUUAUUUGUUUACAACACCAGCAUUGCUUGCAUUUAUAGCCCAACAAAAUAUACCGAAGAAUCGUCCAGUUUAUCAGAUUAAAAACACCUUUCUUGUCCUACAAAUUUCAGUUGUUUUCCUUCAAUUAAACAAUGCCACCAACUUCAUCUUCUAUUGUUUUGCCGGUCAACGUUUUCGUCGAGCAACAGUGCAAAUGUUCGUCGAAUAUUCGUCGCAGGUGCAAACUUUCUAUCACAGAUAUAUUCUUUGUAAUCGACAAUAUACUCCAACACCAAUCUUUAAAUUUCAAUCAAAUGCUAUGGCACACACAACAGCCACCAGUCGAGGCUCCUGUUCCCCAAAUCCUCAUCUCUAUACUAAGCAUCCCGAUCAUCGCCGUCAUAAUCAUCGACACCAGCAUCAGAGAACUUCGACAAUGUGA